AUGAAUGAACAAAAGUCGGCAAAGUUUAUAAAUGAAGAAGCUCAAAAUAAUAAAGAAAAUAGUAAUACUAGCUCAUCUAGCACUUCAAAUUCUAGUACUAGUUCUAACAGUAGUUCUGAUUCUGAAAAUGAAACCAGGGAUAUUAUCGAUGCUGUUACACAGAAUCAAAAUCAAGAUAUUGUUAACGAAGGUCGCAAUGGUCAUCCCAGUAAAAAUAACAAUGAUCAGCCCGAUGAAGAUCGCAAUGGACAGCCUAAUAAAGAUUGCAAUGAUCAGCCCAACGAAGAUUGCAAUAACCAGCCUAAUGAAGAAGCAAAAAAAGGAAAGAAGAGGCUAAGAAGAGAAUCGACAUGGAAAGUAAAUAUUUGUAAAAUUCUGAGGAAUUCUGGUUAG